AUGGACCAGGGCCGGCAGACCCGGCAUAUGGGGGAGAUAGCCGGGCACCUGCACCGGGUGGCAGAAAACACAGGCCUGAUUUUGGACACAGUGCAGGAUGGCAAUGCCAAUAGCGCAGCAGUGGUCACCUGCGUUGGGGAGCUGCAGGCCACCAUAGAGGACCUAGUGGCAGAGGUUCAAACCCUUUCUGGGGCCGUCCACGCCAACACGGCUGCCAUCCAGGAGGAGGGGAGGCAGCGCAACCAGUGGCAUAACCUCACCCGCCAGCUGAGGAUGCAGGCCCAGACAAAUCAUUUUCUGAGCCGGAUUGCCGUGGCCUUGGAGGCCAUCCAGGAUAAUGUUGUCCAGGUGAUUGGACUCCUACACCAGUCUGUAGAACUAGUACCCAGUAACCUGUGGCUCCCAUCUCCGGUACAAGAGGUUAACUGGACUUUUGAGAGCAAAGGAAAGUUAUACAAAGUUGCACAGUUCGAUAAUCAUCAACCAAGGUUCUACAAAGAACAGUUUAAUGGACGGAUGGAAUUGCUUUAUGAUGGAACAACAUUACUUAUCAAGGAUCUCAGGAUGGAGGACAGUGGAAAUUAUACUGCCCAAAUUAUUCUCAAGAAAGAUGAUCAUAUUGAAAGGUUUAUGCUCAUUGUAUAUGAGCCUGUCCCAGACCCAUCUAUAAUGAUUGUAAUGGAGGAGAGGACCAGUCAUUGGUGUAAUGCGACUCUUCAUUGUUCUGUACCAACAAACUCCUCACCAUUGAACUAUAACUGGAUAUACAAGAACACUGACUCUGUCUAUGAAGAGAGUGGAGAUACAAUUCACAUAUCACUGAAUUACUCCUGGGACAUGGAGUUCCAGUGUAUAGUACACAAUCCUGCUGACCAGAAGAACGUGUCCAAACAAGAAAGGUGUUAUGCACAAGAUCAUGUAAGAAUCCCAGGGUAA